CAGCCGACAGGGUGAGCACAGGGGGCGGGGCCUGGGGUUCCUGGACUGGUGAGGGCCGCGCGUGUCCUUGGGCAGAGACGGGAGGUGACCACGGCCGAAGAGGACGACGCAGAAUGCUGGCCCCGCGGGUCUCCCAGGCGCUGAUCCGCUCCUUCAGCUCCACAGCCUGGAACCGAUUAAAGAAUCGAGUGCCCGAGAAACAGAAGCUCUUCCAGGAGGAUAAUGGCAUCCCGGUGUACCUGAAGGGCGGCGUCGUUGACCACAUCCUGUACCGAGUGACCAUGGGGCUGUGUCUGGGCGGCACUGCCUACGGCGUGUACUGCCUUGCCUGGGCCUCCUUCCCCCGCAAUAAAUGAGACCAAGAAGCCUGGGAGGGUCUCAGGAACUUGGACAAGUGUCAAUAAACGCUGGCCUCUCUGUG